AUGCGGAUUGUUUAAUGGUUUCAUUAACAUCAUUGAAUAUUGGUGAACGUGAAUGUGUUAAUUGUUCAACACGUAAUACACCAUUAUGGCGUCGUUAUGGACCAAAUAAUUUUCUUUGUAAUGCAUGUGGCCUUUAUCAACGUGUUAAUGGUAAUCAUAGACCAUUAAUGAAAAAUAUUCGUAGAAAUAUUACGACAAACAAUACAAAACGAACAGGUUUAUGUUGUGCAAAUUGUGGAACAAAAACAACAUCAAUGUGGAGAAGAAAUUCAUUGGGUGAAUCUGUUUGUAAUGCAUGUGGAUUAUAUUUUCGUUUAAAUGGUAUUAAUCGACCGAUUGAAAUGCGCAAAGAAUCAGUACGAACAAGAAAACGUCGUACAAAACCAAUGUUAAUGUUACGCGCAAUGUUAGGACCAGAUUUUUUUACAAAAAAAACACCCAUAUCAUUAUCGUCAUCUUCAUCAACAAUGAACAACCACCAACAUAUGGCUGAUAAAAUUGAAUGUCAAUCAUCAUUAGAAAAGCUAUUAAAUUACAAGCCACAAAUUUUAUCUACUAAUAGCAUCCAAAACAUCAAAUCUAAUGAAUCGUUAAAAUUCCAGGAAAAUAAAAAAUGGUGCCUAUGGUGA